ACGCAGAGCGCGCCCUGACGCACGGCGACGCAGCGGAGGGCCCUGAAGGGAACGGCUGAGGCGUUUGUGUCCCUUCCUUCGUCGCGGGGGCGCGCCGAGGCGGGUGUGCGUGCCUGAGGGAAAGGAAGAAGGGUGGAAAGCGAGGCGAAGCGGGCAGAACCCGGGGCUCCGUCGGUGGAGCCCGAGGAGGAGGAGGAAGAGGAAGAGAGGAGGGCGCGAGGGGUCGGCCCUCACCCCGAAGCCAAUAUUCCCGAAAUCAAGCGCUACGCGGCGGCGGGGGCGGCGGGGCCCGGGGCGGCGGCGGCGGGGCCCGGAGGAGGGGGAGCCGGGGGAGGAGACCGCAGCGAGGCCUCCAACGCCGCCAACUCCUCCGCCGCCGCCAUGGAGGCCCUGGGACCAGGUGAGCGCCAGGAGGGGCCUGCAGGGCCGCCCACCAGCCUCUUUCAGCCGCCCCGCCGUCCUGGACUGGGAACAGUGGGGAAACCGAUCCGUCUCCUAGCCAAUCAUUUCCAAGUGCAGAUCCCGAAAAUUGAUGUUUAUCAUUAUGACGUGGAUAUCAAACCAGAAAAGCGUCCCCGGAGGGUGAACAGGGAGGUAGUGGAUACGAUGGUAAGACAUUUCAAGAUGCAGAUAUUUGGGGAUCGGCAACCUGGCUAUGAUGGCAAAAGGAACAUGUACACUGCGCAUCCUCUGCCGAUUGGCAGGGACAGGGUGGAUAUGGAGGUCACACUCCCAGGUGAAGGGAAGGACCAGACCUUUAAGGUGUCAGUUCAGUGGGUGUCUGUGGUCAGCCUUCAGCUGCUCCUGGAAGCUCUGGCUGGGCAUCUGAAUGAGGUCCCAGAAGACUCUGUGCAGGCUCUAGAUGUCAUUACACGGCACCUUCCCUCUAUGAGGUACACCCCAGUGGGCCGUUCCUUCUUCUCUCCCCCUGAAGGAUAUUAUCACCCGCUGGGAGGAGGUCGGGAGGUCUGGUUUGGAUUCCAUCAGUCGGUCAGACCUGCUAUGUGGAAUAUGAUGCUCAACAUUGAUGUAUCGGCGACUGCAUUUUACCGAGCCCAGCCAAUUAUUGAGUUCAUGUGUGAAGUCUUGGACAUCCAGAACAUCAAUGAACAAACAAAGCCCCUUACGGAUUCCCAGCGUGUUAAGUUUACCAAAGAAAUCAGAGGUUUAAAAGUAGAGGUUACUCACUGUGGGCAAAUGAAGAGAAAAUACCGAGUUUGCAAUGUCACAAGGCGACCAGCCAGUCAUCAGACAUUCCCUCUGCAGCUGGAAAACGGUCAGGCCAUGGAGUGCACCGUUGCACAGUAUUUUAAGCAGAAGUACAGCCUGCAGUUGAAAUACCCUCAUCUUCCAUGCCUCCAAGUGGGACAGGAGCAGAAACACACAUAUUUGCCUCUAGAGGUGUGUAAUAUCGUAGCCGGCCAGCGCUGUAUCAAGAAGCUGACAGACAAUCAGACGUCCACAAUGAUCAAGGCCACAGCUCGCUCUGCACCAGACAGGCAGGAAGAGAUUAGUAGAUUGGUCAAGAGUAACAGCAUGGUCGGUGGGCCUGAUCCAUAUCUGAAGGAGUUUGGGAUCGUUGUCCAUAAUGAGAUGACGGAGCUGACAGGCAGGGUGUUGCCUGCACCAAUGUUGCAAUACGGAGGCCGGAACAAGACUGUGGCUACACCAAAUCAGGGUGUCUGGGAUAUGAGAGGAAAGCAAUUCUAUGCUGGCAUUGAAAUUAAAGUUUGGGCCGUGGCCUGCUUUGCGCCUCAGAAACAAUGCCGGGAAGACCUCUUGAAGAGCUUCACCGACCAGCUACGCAAGAUCUCCAAGGAUGCCGGGAUGCCCAUCCAGGGCCAGCCAUGCUUCUGCAAAUACGCCCAGGGGGCUGACAGUGUGGAGCCCAUGUUCAAACACUUGAAACUGACUUAUGUUGGGUUGCAGCUCAUCGUAGUGAUUCUCCCUGGAAAGACGCCUGUCUAUGCUGAAGUCAAGCGUGUUGGGGACACCCUUCUUGGCAUGGCCACCCAAUGUGUCCAGGUGAAAAAUGUCGUGAAAACCUCACCGCAGACUCUGUCCAACCUCUGCCUGAAGAUCAAUGCGAAGCUCGGCGGGAUAAACAAUGUGCUGGUACCACAUCAAAGGCCCUCCGUCUUCCAGCAGCCGGUGAUCUUCCUGGGGGCGGACGUCACUCACCCGCCAGCCGGGGAUGGGAAGAAGCCCUCCAUCGCUGCUGUUGUGGGCAGCAUGGAUGGCCACCCCAGCCGCUACUGCGCCACAGUGCGAGUGCAAACAUCCCGCCAGGAGACCUCCCAGGAGCUGCUCUACAGCCAGGAAGUGAUCCAGGACCUGACCAACAUGGUGCGCGAGCUGCUGAUCCAAUUCUAUAAGUCCACGCGCUUCAAGCCCACGCGCAUCAUAUAUUACAGGGGAGGGGUCUCUGAAGGCCAGAUGAAACAGGUUGCCUGGCCAGAGCUCAUAGCCAUCCGAAAGGCCUGCAUCAGUUUAGAAGAAGACUAUCGGCCUGGGAUCACCUACAUCGUUGUGCAGAAAAGGCACCACACAAGGCUCUUCUGCGCUGACAAAACAGAAAGGGUGGGGAAGAGUGGCAAUGUCCCAGCAGGCACCACUGUGGACAGCACCAUCACGCAUCCCUCCGAAUUCGACUUUUACCUCUGUAGCCACGCGGGGAUUCAGGGAACCAGCCGCCCUUCCCACUAUCAAGUCCUGUGGGACGACAACUGUUUCACCGCAGAUGAAUUGCAGCUGCUGACCUACCAGCUCUGCCACACAUACGUCCGCUGCACACGCUCUGUCUCCAUCCCAGCUCCCGCGUACUAUGCCCGGCUGGUAGCGUUUCGGGCCCGGUACCAUCUUGUGGACAAAGACCACGACAGUGCUGAAGGGAGCCAUGUUUCGGGACAGAGCAACGGCCGCGAUCCGCAGGCGCUGGCCAAGGCAGUGCAGAUCCACCACGACACCCAGCACACCAUGUAUUUCGCCUGAUGGGGACCCUGGGGAGGUGAGGGAACUGGGAUGCGGCCUCCGCCGACUGAACGACUGACCGGCCGGCUCUGGGGGCCUGGUUGGAUCCCCGGCGGCCCACCAGCAGCAGCAGCAGCAGCAGCUUGGACAAUUGCACUGAACCGACGGCGCUGGCGGCCCCUUGGGAAGCAGAUGCAAUUGAGCCAUUUUUAUUUUGUGAUUUUCAGCAAACGGAAAUUUCAUAGACAGUCUUUGCAUCGGACUGAAUUUUUACCUCAAAAGUGCAAGAGGCUGAUUCUUCCUAAAAGGAGAAUUUUUAAAGGACCGGGCACGUUGUUUUAAAAAAAAGGUUUUUAUUGAAAUAUUUUGCUAAUCUGUUUUAAGUUACCUCUUUGUUCCCCUUAAGCUCGCCGAGAUGCCAGAUUCCUCUUCGUCCCUGCUUCAUGAAGCCUCUGGAUGCGGCGAAACAUCGUGUUCCACUCUCUUUCUCUUGCGGGGGCCAUAUAUAUAUAUAUAUAUAUAUACAUAGACUUAAAUCACAGAACUUUUACUGUAAAUGCCUUUUAAGAAAGCAUUAACUUUCAGAGGUAUCACUUGGGGAGUUUGUUUUGUUCCGCUUGGUUUUACUAUCGUUCUCUUUUUGUAAAUCUCUCUGCAGUCAGUCAGUCGUGGGCUGCACAGCAAUUGCACUAUAACGGCGCAUUCGACUCGGUGGUUCUGGUUCUGUGAAUGUGUGACGUAAGUGGACAGCGAGGCCCUUUGGCAGGUCUAAAACAAAAAUCCAUAUAUAUAUAUAUAUAUAUAUAUAUAUAUAUAUAUAUAUAUAUGAAUGAGAGAGUUACAACUGCCACUGGAUGGCUCUGAAUGCCAAGCAUCUUUCCCCUCUUUUAAACCAUGCGACAGAGUCCUAAACUAUUAGUUCUAGGUAUUUUUCAGACAUGACAAAAGUGCCCAUUUUAUGCUGCUGUGUUUGAUGAUGUCAUUUUUAAUACUCUUUUUCAUAGAAGGUUUUAACUUUGGCAAUAACUUCUUCUUUUCUUUUUUUAAAAAAAUAAUAUAUGCUCCGGCCGUAACUUUUCUAGUCAAAUAUACUUUACAUGAGUUACAGCUGGCCUUCUUGUAUAGAUUGACUCAAAAAGAAAGAAACUAGUUCUCAACGAGAAAAGAAGAUCGGUCGAGGCUCCCUUCAUGCUUUUUAUGGAUGAUUAUUUUUAACCGUUUUGUAUCCACCGUUGGUCUGUCCAGCCCCCCUUUUUUAUAAAGCUCACGUUCCGAAUAGGAGAAAGGCUCGGUUGCCAAUAUGUACAGCUGUGUAUAGUGUCGAUGGUAGCAAUCAAAAAGACUUUUGAACCAGCAUUUUAAAAAAACUGUUUCUCUGAGAAAUUUAGGUCGCUCGCAUGUACCGAUAGCACUCAGUAGCAUGUGUGAAGUGUACAAAAAUGUAAUGUCUCUUUUUCUUUCUUCUAUGAAUUGGGGGCUCUUUCCUUUCCACUGAAGUGUGCAAUGCAAAAAGGAAGGCUGAGGCCGUAGGGAAGAGGAGGGCCUCCUCAGAAUAUCAUAGAGCCCCGUGCUGUGCGAAUGAAUGUUGGCACAUGAUGCGUGGAAAUGGGAUACCAUGGCACCACUGCCAACAGUUGACUCUCAACUUGUGCACCUUCCCACUGGAGACCUCAAGGCUAGCAAUAGGUUCUGCUUCAUUUGGAGGUUUUGUUGUUUUUUUGUGCGUGUCAGGAGCAACUUGAGAAACUGCAAGUUGCUUCUGGUGUGAGAGAAUUGAUCGUCUGCAAGGACGUUGCUUAGGGGAUGCCUGGAUGUUUUGAUGUUUUUACUAUCCUUGUGGAGAGGCUUCUCUCAUGUCCUGCAUGAAGAGCUGGAGCUGACAGAGGGAGUCAUCUGUGUUCUCCCCGGAUUCGAACUUCAGUCCUGACGGCACAAGGGUUUAACCCAUUGCACCACCGGGCUUUUGAGGCAAAACUUGGAGGCAACUAUUAUUAUUUUUACUACUGCUACUAUUACUUGGGAUGUUUGACUUCCGAACCCUGUUGUUUUGGCUUCACAAGGGUACAUUGAUGUAAGCUGCUUCUUCCAAUUUCAUUGGAGGUUGGCAAACUGAUUCUUCUUUUCUUUAUUAGACAGUAGGGAAGCACUGUAGACAGGCUUAGAGACUGAGUGUAUUGGACUCUUAUCUCCCCUCCCCCUUAAGAUACCUCACCCGUGUAACAAAUACCAAGAGAAAGAGAGGGUGACCGCUGCUUUUGUUCGUCUGUUGCUUUCCUUUAUUUCUCAUUUCCUUUUCCUUUUUAAAGAAUGCUUGUUCAGGGAGAAAACAGCAGCAAGACUUCAUGAAACUCUUGCUGCCCCAAACCCAAGGAGAGACCUGAGGCACCUUGAAGAGGGUUGAAAGCCCCUGUUUUAGUAUGUAGCAUUUUUAAUUUUUUCCUUUAUUGCACUAGGGAAGGACAUGGCUUGAGAUAUGCGAGCCAGAUGUGCAGAGAAUGGGAAUAAGUGCAUGUUGUUCUGUCCAGAAAUAGAUGGCGUCCAAGGACAGAAACAUGCCCUUGUUUCCCAAUUGAGCCUUGAUUCUACCGAAUAUCAGUGGAAUGAUAAAGUUUCCUCCUCAAAACACCACUGAAACUUGCCACUGAAGGAGGUAUUUGCAUCAAACCUAUAUUCACCCCCUUCCUCCCCAGUUUGGCUGCAUUUGCAAUAAUAGUAAUGAUGGGUUGUUGUGAGUUUUACAGGCUGUAUGGCCAUGUUUCCGAACAUUCUCUCCUCACAUCCUCUCUGAGGAUGCCUGCCAAAGAUGCAGGCCAAACGUCAGGAGAGAAUGCUUCUGGAACAUGGCCAUACAGUCCGGAAAAUUCACAACAACCCAGUGAUUCCAGCCAUGAAAGCUUUCAACAAUGCAAUAGUAGUGAUGAUGAUGAUGGAGAUGGAGAUGGAGAUAACUAGCUUUGGCCCCAAACUCUGCAGAUAGGAAUUUUAACAAAGCUCUGAAAUGGCUUUUCUGGCCCAUUUGGUAAAACAAAGCCAAGGAGAAAUGACUUCGAUCAACUUUUGCCUUUUUUAUCAGAGGAAAACACAAUCCUUACGUGUAUGUAUAUAUAUUUUCCCUUCUGUCUCACAAGCCACAGUUAUCUUUCAAAGUUGUCUUUGUGAUGAAAAAAGAAAAUAUGGCUGCAGUAUAUUAUUUUCGAUGCAGUUUAUGGUUUUUCCUCCCCUUUUGACCCCUCAAAAUAUGUUCUUUGCCAACUUUUUGCACUUUCUUGGGAUUUAUUUCAUGGCUUUCCCCUCUUAUUUGCCCUUGUCGGACAUUGUCUGCUGUGCAAAAAUCAGAAUAAUAUUGUUCAGUCGCUGGAGAGCGAUGAUGAUGUCUUUGGGGCAGACUUUCCAAAGCCGAAGGUCGAUGGAAGGAGAGGGCGGCAUUUUGGUGACCGGAGCAGCAGAUGAAAUGACCACCGAAAACCCUAUUUGUUAGGAUCUGGCCCUGAUUCAUGUAUCGACUGCGCUCCUUGGAAGUUUGGCCCCAGUGAUCAACAGGCGCAUGUGUCAAUCAAUGGGAAGACGUGCAUUCGGUAGCUGUAGGUUUAAGAGUGUGUUUGGGUUUGUUUCUUUGGAUGCUUUCCCUUCCCCUUUCUUUAGCUGCAUGUUGUGGAAGGUUUUCAAAUGUAGCCAAUGGGGGUACUUGGGAUAACGGCCAAGAGAGGAGAGCAAGUUGGAGCGAUGGGUGGCUCUCCAUCAGCCAAGGCUUUGCCAACCAUUAUAUGCCCAAAAGAGAAGGCCUUUUAAGCCUGGCUCCCAAAGAGGGAUCCAAGGGAGGUGAAAAUCAGCCUUCCUGGGCCUCUCCUCCGAUCGACAUCCCAAGCCUCUCUUGGACGGAUGGACAGAGACCAAGCCCAAGUCCCAGCGAGAGGCGAAGGGCCCCCCAAAGUCCCCCCAAAGGAGAGAUCCCCUUCCCCUUUUGCUCCAUUGCUACCUGGCUUUCAUUUUCGGAAAGCGGGGCUCAGAGGGCAUUUGUAUCAAGACUUAUUCCGACUGCGAGGGUUUCCCCCCUUAAAGCAGUUUGAGCAAGAAGAAGAAGAAAAAGGAUCGUCUGUGAAUAUCACUCCAGAAUUUUCUUUCUACCUUGCUAUGGACACUUUUUUUGGUGAUAUUUCUAUGUCUAGAGCCGGAAAACUUGUAUGUAAAACUUGUUUGCGUUUGUUCAUUUUUUUGACUUCGGAUGUACUAUUUUAUUAUUAUUUUUGCUCUCUAUAUUGUUAGACUUGUAACGUUUUAAAAACUGUAUUUUAUGAAAAUGGGACUUGGAUGUAUGUCUAUAGCAAUACGAGGUACUUUUUCUUUUAAGGAAAUGAAACCCCUUUUUGGGGGAAAGAGGGGUCUAGCAGCCCCUCUGUUACGAAAUGCUGGCUGUGUAUUAACUGCAGUGUAUUUUGAUUUGUUUUCCUUUUUUUUUUAGCCUGCAGGGAUUUUGUGUUUAUGUGUCCAAAAAAUAAAGGCCUUUCUGUGCCAAA